AUGGAGGAGAAAAUGGCCUGUGGCUACCUGCUCCGCCAGGCAAAAGAGAACAAGAAGGCCUCGACCACGGUCCGUCAGUGUACGGGAAUACAGGACGGGAAGGGACGGAGUGCUCAAAAGGAUGAACCAUCACAGAAGAGUUCAAACCCGCUCAGCGAAGGCAUUAUUGGCGGCUUAGGCGAACGUAUGUAUGUAUAUUCACGGCGCCAUGGCUGA